UACAUACAUUUACUAUGCUAUGUACACUAUUGAUCAUAGCCUCACAAUAAUGUCGACUAAGGCUAGAGUUUUCUCUGCUAUAGUUUCUCACUCCAUCCUCCUCACCCUCCUCUCUUCCUUUGUCACCGGAGAAAACCAAGAUUUUGUCAGAAGCCUAGACCGCAAGCUUUAUGGGUUGAAGAAAGAAAAGCUAACACAUUUUCGUGUGUAUUGGCAUGACAUUUAUAGUGCCCCCAACCCUACAGCCAUGCCCAUAGUGAGAGCACCUUCCAACACAUCAGCAACUCUUUUCGGUUCUAUAAGCAUGAUCGAUGAUCCAUUGACAGAAAAGCCAGAACUAAGCUCGAAAUUGAUAGGAAGAGCUCAAGGGUUUUAUGGAUCAGCAGGACAAGAAGAAACUGCCCUUUUGAUGGCCAUGAACUUUGUUUUCCUUCAAGGCAAGUACAAUGGUAGCACCAUUAGCAUACUAGGGAGGAACCAUGUUUUUUCCAAGGUGAGAGAGAUGCCGGUGAUCGGAGGUAGUGGGCUUUUCCGGUUUGCCAGAGGAUAUGCUCAGGCCAGUACUCACAGUUUUGAUCUAAAAUCUGGUGAUGCUGUCGUUGAGUAUAAUGUCUAUGUAUUGCACUAUUGAUGCCAUGCCCGGCCCCCUUAUCUAGAAAGUUAUUUUCUUUUGGCUUUGCGGUGUCUUUCAAUAAGUUGAUGUGUGCAGAGUAGGUUGUCAUUUGUAAUCUGAGUUGUGCGCAUGCGUGUUAAAGUUAUUGGAAAGAAAAAACAAAUUAACAA